AUGUUCAACUACCUAGCAGUAGAAGCAAGGCCCCAGUUCCACCGUACCUAUGGGGGCCAGCAAGGAGUGUCUGGGCCACUGAAGACCCGUCUAGAGCAGCUGAAGAAGCCAUGGUGGAGAGAGUCCACCACUCCGCUAGUGCUCCAGCACAGUGAAACAGCUAGACUUGCCAUAGAUGCCUUUCUUGAGCAGGGAGAACGCGGCUACCUGAAUGCUAUUGCUGAGGAACGGGAGCUGCCUUUUCUUUCCACCUUGGACAUGGAGUAUAUGAACCAUCAGAGAAGCCAAACCUUUCCAGAACCCAAUGCCUCAAAAGACAGAGAUGCCAACUGUGCUGACACGGACACUGGAGACGGGUGUUCCCUCUACUCUGAGCUAACAUCUGGCACCUACUUUCCACUUAUGUCUGAUGUGCACCCUCCAGAGCUGGAGCUGGGGUGGCCAGGGAUGCCGUACUUCACAACAUCAGGGCAGACUAGAGCCACUGUGGUUUUCCAAAGAAACAAGGCUAACAGCAUUAAGGAUUUGCUCCGGUCCCUGAUCAGCCGGGCACGGACGGUGAUAGCAAUUGUGAUGGAUCUGUUUACAGACAUGGAAAUACUAUGUGACCUGCUGGAGGCCUCAAGCAGACGGCAUGUACCUGUGUACCUGAUCCUGGAUGAAGAAUACUUGAAGCAUUUCGUGGAAAUGUGCGAUAAAAUGGCUCUGACUCAAGACAACUUCCCAGUAAGUAUUCAAUCAUACUCUGAUGUA